AUGCAAAUUCACUCCCGAUUUGUGGGCCAGUCCGAGGGAGUGAAAAAUACCUGGGACGAUUCAAAAACCCAAUUCGCCCCUGGGGGCGUAGUUUAUCUCUACCAUAGAGUGAUCUCUACCCUUCAGGCCAACCGGAGACAGGGCUUCAAAGAGUUCACCUGAGUUCACUUGAUACUAUUUGCUCACGUGACUUUGGCUUGGUCACAUGACCAAAUGCAUCAAAAUGGCGUCUUGGAGAGAUGACGUGAUUUUGGAAGGAGAUUUUUUCCUUAUGCCGAAGGGCCGAGAGGAGUACAAAGUUAUUCUUACAAGAUGUGGUGUAUUUUACAGUAUUAUUUCAAACAGCAGCACAACUUAUGUUGAGAAAUCUAUUCUUGUUAGUGACAUUAUUGGCUGUCACUGCAUAGAGCCAAACGGGCACAAUGUAACUGCUGCUAGCGGUAACAACACGAACAGAAACGGGGCUUCUCCUCCAUCAACACCGUCCUCUCCGGGAGGAGACACUGUUUCUGAUUUCGGCGAAGAGUCUGGACAAAACGAUGACCUGGAAUCUUCCUUUUCUAAGUCCUUUUCUAUUCCGAGACUGUCUGAUUCCUUGGCUUGUGGUUUUGUUGUUUUUGCAUACCCUUUCAGGAAGAAAAUGUUCAGUGGCAAAAAGGUUCGCCACAGAGUUGCACUUGGAUUUGAACUGAGGGCAACUCAGGAAACUUUUGAAAGUAAAAAAAAGGAGAUUGAAAAGUGGAGAAAUAUGAUAACUUGUCUCCAUAGGGGCUUGCCAAUCAAUCUUAAAGACCCUAGCAGCUGUGUACCACCACAGAUGGGCAAAAUGCUCAUCUUAAUCAAUCCUCAUAGUGGGCCAGGGAAAGCUGAUAUCAUAUUCAAAAAUGAUGUGGCUCCAAUGCUGUAUGAGGCAAGCAUACCAUAUAAAGUGAUUGUCACCAAGUAUGCAGGCCAUGCUAGUGAUAUUGUGGCAUCUCUCAACCUGACUGAGUGGUAUGGCAUUGUCAUAGUCUCUGGAGACGGUCUGAUCUUUGAGGCCUUAAAUGGUAUCAUGAAGCGAGCUGACUGGGCGUCCUCCAUCAAACUUCCCGUUGGCUGUAUACCGGGAGGAUCGGGCAACGCGCUCUGCUGUUCUAUCAAUUAUGCUGCGGGCGAACCCAUUGAAUCGUCCAUGGCGCUUCACUCAGCAUUUAUCCUGGUGAAGCACCGAGUGGUCCCCAUGGAUCUGGUUGUAAUGCAGAUGCCAGAACUCACCGUUUACUCUUUCCUGUCGAUGACGUGGGGACUUCUUGCUGACAUUGACUAUGAGAGUGAGAAGUAUCGCUCGUUUGGGGAAGCACGCUUCACUGUGGGAGCUAUCAGGCGCAUUUUGAGUCUUCGCAUUUACAAGGGAAAAAUUUCAUUUCUUCCUAUCGCUGAAUAUAGUCCCAGAAACGACUCGAGCACAAACAAAAAAGUCCUUUCAAAAAUACGCAGAUUUUCUCUACGUAGUCGCAGUAGUAGUAAAAGUACAGUCAGCUCAGCGGGGAGUGAUUCUCCCCACCUGCAGUCCUAUCAAAGGCACAGUGUAGACAGUUGUGAGUACCAGCCAGUCACGGCCAAACCCAGGUCUGAGUCCAGCCCGGGGGUUACCAUAGGUCAUCUAGCGUCUGGUGAUUGCAAGGAAGACAAAGGGGACAAGUCUCCCGUCAGUUCACAUGUCGUCGACGCCCAGCCUCCUGGUCCACCUGAUGCCACCACACCUGUCACAGCAGUGGAGCGGGCUACAGCUUCAGAAGGUCAAGGUGAAAGUGUGAGUGGUGUUGCUGAAAGUGUCAACAAUAACAACGCAAGUCAGACAGAACUGCAAGUGUCUCCUGUUGAGCCUCCGCAAAGUGCCUUAGGCGUAAAGCAGAAUGAGGGCAUAGUAGCUGGUAGUGAUGGUAAUGUCUCACAAACUGAUAAUGAUCACUAUGCUGGAAGUACAAAUAGUUGUGUUGACCAACGGGAUUCUUCUGAUCAUGUCGAUGCAAAGACUCAGGUAAAUGACACAUUACCUAAUGCUGAUGUUUUAAAUUUGGAUGCUGCGGAAUUUUCGGACAGCAAAAGAAGUUCUUUCACUGUAUUGGAAGACACACAAGAAGUAGGGGUAACAGAAGAGAUGUAUCAUGGAAAAAAGGCCGAUUUUUCUCCCGUUCCAACCCCUCUGUUACCAGGCCUGGACGAACCUGUCCCGGACAACUGGGUCACCAUCGAGGGUGAGUUUGUGGUGGUGUGUGCCGCUUAUCAGUCCCACCUGGGCAGCGAUGUGCUUGUGGCACCUGAUGCUCACCUGCAUGAUGGCUGCAUCCACCUCAUGCUGGUCCGAGAGGGCAUCUCUCGCAACACUCUCCUCAACCUUUUUAAGGCAAUUGCUACAGGCUCUCACGUACACUCGCCCUACGUGGAGAUCGUCAAAGUCUUGGCCUUUCGGCUGGAGCCCAUCUCUACCAAUGGCAACAUCAUGGUGGACGGAGAACGCUUUGCUCCCAACCCUCUACAAGCUCAGAUUUUGCCUGGCUUAGCCCGAGCUAUGGCUAUACAAUAGUGUUUUCUUGGCACAUCUGAGGUUUUGACUCUUUUUUUACUUUUCUGUUGUUAAAAGUCAUUAGGAGCUCUUUCUCAGAAAUUUGGAAAACCACAUGGGUUGACAAUUAUUGAUUUGUUUUUUUAUUACUUUUGUGUGGUUAAUGAUAGUUGUAAAGCACAUAGAGCAUGCUGUAGAGCGUGGAUAUGCGCUAUAUAAUUGCAAUAAUUGUUAUUGUUAUUGUUAUUGUUAUUAUCAUUUUUAUAUUACGUUUAAUUUCAAAUAUUCAAAUCUGAUGUUGUGUCUCCUGUCCAUCUAAAUCUUCAUUUCAGUGGAAAGAAUUACUCUCUCCUUACAGCAAAAUAUGUUUCAUAUAAGGUAGAUAUAUGGUCUUUUAAAAAAAAUGUAUUUGUGUUAGCUCACAGGUAGUGUUUAAUUUGCUCAGCUGUUUGUAUUUCUCUCUUGUAAUAUAGAGUCAUUGUCAUCUGUUCUCUGAUUAAUUUGGUUUAGGUUAGGCUUCAUCUAAGUUUGCUUUGCUUCCAUGUUUUACAGAGAGCAAUGCAAGGCUUUUUAGGCUUCUUGAGAUCAUUUGAUUGUUGGACAUAGAACAUUUUUGUAAGGGUAAUUCAUGUGACCUCACAAUAUAAUCAAAGCGAAGCAUGUAUCACUUUUUGGAGGGGGACACCUCCUCUCACCCGUAUCUCCCAUUUAAGUUUAGAGAAAUACAGCGUCAUCCUGUUGAAGUGCUUUUGUUACUUGUAAAUAAUGUCAUUGAAGUUCAGCUUCUCUAGUUAAAAUGAAGCUAGUUUCCUGAUGUCUUUCUCAGAGCUUCUGUGCUGAAAUUGCCCUAAUAAAUGGGCAAACUGUAUGAACAAAGAUGUGUGGAUUAGAGUAAACAAUUUUGAAUUUUUUUGGGGGAUGGGAAAUCCAAUGCCACGUUAUAUUCUUUCUGGGAAAAAAUGCUAGAUUGUGUAUUUAUUGAUCUCUUUGAAGUGUGAGAUGUUCUGUCUUUGUUUUGUCAAUUUGUUCAAAUGUUUAGUUGGCUUUUCAGUUUAUCUUGCUAAGUUUUAUCUUCAUUACAAUGAAUGUUAUUGCAUCGAAGUUGUCGUUUAUAGACACUGACAAAACUCUUUCCCACUGCAUUUACCUACUCUAAAUGUCCUCAAGUGGUACAGGAUCAGGAAAAGCAGUGUAUGCCAAAUACAGUUAGUCUGAAAUGUUUAAUUUUUUAAAAGAUUUAUGCUUCUUACAUAUAUUGUUUUGACACAAAAGGGAUUAUAUUUGUUUAUUGUUUGAGUGGGAUUGUGUGUGUGUGUAUAAAUGUGUGUGUGAGGGAGAGAGAAAGAGUUCAGGUGUACAAAUAAGUGAUUUUUAAAAUGGCUUAACUUCCUCAUGUUACUACUACGUAUGUCUUUGUUUGAAAAUGUUCCUGUGUGGUAAGAAGCUAGCCACAAGACUGUGUGUUUUUCAAGUCUUGAUGUUGCUAUCUCGUACCUUUGUUGACCUUUUGUUUUUCAGGGCUGUGUAUAAUUUUACCUGUUGUCAUAUUUAUAGUGUAGCAAUUUGCCGGAAUAUUUAGAGCUAUACACUUUUCAAAUUUUGCUCAGAAUGGUAGAUAGGUCAUUGUGAGUGAGUUUGUGGUCUAACUUUGGACAGGUGUUGUUGAAGUACAACAUAUGUGAUUUUGUGUGUCAUUCAUAUAUAUUGUUUUCCUCAUAACUCCAUCAUUCUUCAAUUGAUGAAUUGAUGUCUCUGUUUUUUUGUCUUUUUUGUAUUUUAUGUUCUUUUGUUAGGCUGUUACGUAGUCAAGUGGAACUCGGAUUCAACAGUCAUCGGGCCUGACCUACAAUUAUGUUGAAUUCGAGUGUUCGUUAUGGCAAAUAUAAGGUUUUUGUUUAGAUAAUUAUAGGCACUGAGCAAGUAAUGUAUAAUGUAUUCGACUUUCUCAAUAAAAAGUAGUUUGGUUUCAAAUGAGAUGCAUUUUCGAUUCUUGAUACCAAAGAAUUACUGGAAAA